CAGAGAACUCCGAACAAAUUGAGCAACGUAGUUUCUCUCCAUCCGAGCGAAGAAGAGCAAAAGAGUCUCUGUCGCCGGCGGUAAUAAGUCCGUUGAUUGCCGGAAUCGUUGUGAGGAGGCAAUUUCGAGCGAGUCGAUUGCUCUUGCGCUUCAAGGUUCCACCUUAGUCAGCUUACUGGAAUAUAUAGGAAUCAGAGGAUAUGGCUGUUGGACACGGUGACUCGAGUUCGUCGGACAAGAAAUCGACUGAUGCUUUGACUGACUUGCAAACUUUCAAUGCCGAGAACUUGCAAAGUAACAUGAAAGUUAUUUAUUACAGUCGGACAUUUCUGUCAAUCAUUGGUGGUGUAAUUGCUGGAAUUCUUGGAUUCAAGGGAUUGAUAGGAUUUGUUUUCUACUUCCUUGUCAUGGCUGUAACUUCUGCUGCACUCACAGCCAAGGCAAAGUUCUCCAUUCACUCCUACUUUGAUACUUGGAACCGAGUUCUGCUUGAUGGCUUCUUUGGUGGGCUUAUGUCUUUCGUGCUUUUCUGGACGUAUCCUUCACGCUUUUGAAAUAUGGUUUCUUAUUCAGUAAUUGAUAGCUGGAAGGCUUCUCAACUUGAUUUGCAUACGACAUUGUGCACAUAUUCUGAUUGAAGGAGCAUAUGGAUGGACGAAUGUUCGGUUGCAGGCGGAGUUCUCUGAUGGUUACAAGGCCCUGGACCAGGGUGCAAAACUUCAUUGUGGGAAUCAGUUGGUUUUCCUUGUAUUACUCCGGUGGCUUUUGUUUGAUACAAUUGUGUGUUUAAGUUCCUGUCAUGGCCAUUUUAUUUUGGCUGAUGAAUUUUUUUGCAUGAUUCGUCCUCAUUUAUGCUGGGGAGAUCCAUCCCGCCAUGAUUCAUGAGAUGGACUUUUAAGAGCGAAUGAAGUAUAGGUUAUGUUUCUUUCUUUCUUCCUCUGUAUGACGUAAGACCUGAGUAGGAAUGGCAAUGGAGCAGGUCCGAGGCGGGUAUCAUGAUACCCACACCCACCCCAUGGCAGGUCGGGUAAUUUAUCUUGGGUCGCGGGUCGGGUCGGGUCAGGUCGGCCCAAUGGGUAUACAAAUUAUAUAGAAAAUAUUAUAAAUAUUUGUUAAUUUCAUUAUAAGACCAAGAAAAUAAAUCAUAU